AUCAUUUUCUUUAUUGUGGCUUCUUUUAUCCUCAGUAUCUCAGCAGAGGAAAUUAUCGGCGGAGUAGAAGUCAGUCCCCAUUCCAUGCCCUAUAUGGCAUUUCUGAAAUUUGACAUAAAAGGAAAAUUAUUUAAUAGAUGUGGUGGCAUCCUGAUAAGUGAAAAUAUUGUUUUGACAGCAGCUCACUGUAAUGGCACAAAUAUGCAAGUAAUAUUGGGAGCUCAUAAUAUUGAAUCUAAAGAAAACUCCUGGCAAGAAAUAAAAGUUUGUAACAUUGCUCCACACCCAAACUACAGUAAAGAUGAGAAUGACAUCAUGCUGCUAAAGCUCACAAAAAAAGCAUUGUUAAAUCGAUAUGUAUUACCACUGCCCAUUGGCCACAGAGGAGAGAAGGUGAAACCCGGAAGUGAAUGCUGUGUAGCAGGUUGGGGAAGAUAUAAAGAAUUUAACCAAGACAAGUCUCCAACACUAAGGAAAGUUGAUCUAAAAGUGGUUUCAGCAAAAAUAUGUUCUCAGACAUUCACAAAUAGUGUUGUGAAGAAAUUCAUCUGUGCUGGAGACCCCAAGGAAAAACAAAAUAUACUGUCAACCAGUAAUAUUUCUUACAUCCAGGGUGAUUCUGGUGGUCCUUUAUUCUGUGGCAAGGAUCUUCAAGGAAUUGUGCAUGCAGGAUUCCCUCACAAACCACCAAUUGGCUUAUACAUUAAAGUCUCUUCCCACAUUGAUUGGAUCAAAAAAACCAUGCACACGUUGAAGUGCAAGAAAGAGAUGUGA